UUCAGAAAUUCAGGAAAAAAAAAAUGGCGAACAGCAAGGAAGAUAUAAAAUAUGGAACAGCACAGGCGAAGUUAUCGGAAGACGAAGUUCUGAGGGUUAGGUACAAGGCGGGGACACCACUUGAAGGAGGAAAGAUCGCCGAAUCUGAGCCCGUCGAUGUUUUCUCCAGUGCUCGUAACUUAGAAAAGAAACCGGAUGAGCAGCAGGGCUCCGGUGAUCGAAUCCAAUUGCAGCGGUAGAUGGUUUGGUGUAGUUCACGCGCCGGCCAGAUUGCGUACGAGUUUUCUUAGUUGUGGUUUUUUUUUUGUUUUUUUCGUUUAUUAAUAAUAUGUGAUAAUAUUAAUAAUUGUAAUGUUUGAGCUUUCCUUAACUAACAUUUAACUUAAUUAAUAGAAGCUUAAAAUCCACCUAGGAUUGA